GCAGAAGGAGGAUGCGUGCUGGGGGGUCGGGGGAGGCGAGGAUGCCCUCGCUCCGUCCUCCCGCUGUCCAGCUGGGCGUUGGCCGCUCCGAGGUCGUUUCGGCCCUAGGUCCGCCGCCCUCCACACCCGCCCCCGGCGCGCCGGGUGCCACCCGACGCCCAGGCCGCCCAUGGGCAGAUGGAGCAUGGGCCGGAUGCGCGGUCUGCUUGGGAGGCUUCUGAUGCCGUCGAGGAGGACGAGGGCUGGCUGGACGACGAGCACGACACGGAGGCCGCCGCGAGGGCGAUCGACGCGCUCCUGCUGCGCCGCGCGGGCCCGCGCCACAGGCCGCUGGAGGCGUCGCUGGCGGCGGCCCUGCGCUGCCGCGAGGCGCUGGCGGCCUCCGCCGGCAGCGGCCCGCUGUGCCGGGGCGCGCGCGCUGGCCCCCGCGAAUUCGGGCGCGGGCUGGCGGAGGCCUGGGCCGAGGCCGAGGCGGCGCGCGGGGACGGCGACGAGGCGCGGGGGGCGGGCCUGGACCUGGGCUUCGCUGUCGACGCCGCGCUGCUGGCGCGAGUGCGGGGGCUGCUGCACCACCUGGCGUGGGCGGUGUCGGCGGACCCAGAGGCGACCGCGGAGGAGCUCCUGGAGGCUCACUUCCUGGCGGGUGCCCUGGGCGGCGGCGGGCCGCGGGAGUCGCCGGCGCAGGCGGCGCACCGGCGGCGGCCGUGGGCCUCGGGGGGUCCAGGCUCGCCCGCGCGGGAGUUCGAGGGCCAGAGCCCCAGCGCGCCGUCGUCUCCAGGAUGGGCCGAUACGCCGCGGGGCAAGUAUGCUGGAGCCCAGGAUCCUCGCGGGGCAAGCAGGGGGGAGCUUCCUGCGGCAGGUCCGGCCGCGUGGGGCGUCAUGGCGCUGCGCCGCAACCUGGAGGAGCAUCACGGGUCCCUGGCGAACGGCUUGCGAGCCAUGGAUCCGCAGGGGCGUGGCAGGGUGUCUUUCGGCGACUUCCACGGGCACCUCGUGCGGCUAGGCCUGUGCCGGGUGGACGCAGAGGGGUCCACGCGCGCCAUGGAGAUGUUCAAGCUGCUGGACACGGACAGGGAUGACCUGUUAAGCCCGCAGGACUGCCUCGAGGCAUUCGGGGCAGCUGCGGAAGCCACCGAAGGCGAAGUGGCGUCGAAGCAAAGAGAGGCGGAGGAGGCCCAGUUCCGGAAGGCCUUCGAGUUCGCGCAUGGCAUUCCGAGCAAUCUGCGCGUCCCGAAGGGCUUCGCGCGGACCGCUGAGGAGAGGCUCAAGCUGGACGCCCUUCGCCGCCGCUUCGAGGCAGAGCACGGUGGCUUCAUGGCUGCACUGCGCUCCAUGGACCCAGAGCGCACGGGCUACGUGUUCCGCGACACUUUCGUGCACGUGCUGGUAAGCUCCGGGUACUGCCCCUCGGCGUCCGAGGCCGCGGAGCUCUUCCGGUCCCUCGACCUGUGCGGCGCGGGCGUGCUGCCGCUCGACAGGAUGGCCUCGAUGGACGAGCCCGGGCUGCCAUGGGCUGCGGCGGACGACGCGCCAGGGACGCCGCACGGCCCUUGCGGAGGUGCAGGGGGACAGCUGUCAGUUGGGGACGGCGCUGGAGGCCUCUUCUCAGACGUGGGCCGCCUGGAUGACCCGAUUCCGCCACCGCGGCCUGCGUCUCUGCGCAGCGCGUCGCCGCGUAGGGCCGCGGCCGACGCGGGCACGACCGUGCAGCGCCUGCACACCGCCUUCCUGGGCAAGCGCCGCAGCCAGCGCACACAGGAACGCAUCGCCGCAGCAAGGGCGCAGGCGGAGGGGGCGGCGGCCAGUGCCACCGCGACCCUUGACGCGGUGGAGAGGGUCGUGUCGGAGAAGAGGGCCGCCAGGGAUUCGAAGCGGAGUGCCCGGAGCCCCAUGCAGGCACCGACCUCGGCGAGGCGGCCGCCCGAGGCCACUGGCGGCGCCCUGGCGCAGGCGACCGCCGGCCUCCUGGCCCUGCUGCGCCCCGCCGCCAGCUCCGAGGGACCCGCAGAGGCCGCGCCGCCACCCGCGCCGCCACUCGCCGCGCUGCCGGACGCUGCCGCCCAGGCCGCGCCGCAGGAGGCCGCGCUCCUCGCGCGCUCUUCGGCCUCUGCGCCCCCCGCGGCGUCGCCGGCGGCCUCGGUGCCCGUGGCGGCUGCUGCGCCCUCGGCGGCGGCGGCGGCGGCGCCUGCGGCGCCUGCCGCGGCCGAGGCACUGCCGGCCGCGGUGGAGACGCCUCGGGCCGCGGCCAGAGCACCACAGGCGGCGGACGCGCCUGGGGACCUCUCGGCGGGCGCAGCUGCCGCGGAUGGAUCAGGGCCCUCUGCCGGCGGUGCAGUGGCGCGGCCGAAGGCCAUGGCGAUCAUGCGCACCGCGCGGCUCAUCUCUGGCCGGCGUGGCUCCCAGUGGCAGGCGCACGUGCCCGAGGGCCUCCAAGAGGCUGCCGCCAACGCGGCAACCUCCGCCGCGCCCUCCUCGUCCGCUCGCCAGCGGGUCGCAGAGCGGCGCGCACGGAAGCAGGCGACCAUCGCCUCGCGAUCGCCCUCCAUCGCCGGCUGAUUUUUAUUUUGUUCGGCAUCCGCGCGUCUACUGCCCGCUGGUCCAGGUGGUGGUGCUUGCGGCCGCCCUGGCCUCUCGUCCUCCCCUGAGCGAGCCCUGUGUGCGAACAAGCGUGCGGGCCGCAGUCCGAAAAAGGGCUUCGCCAGGCGUCUGGUGGUGCCAACGCAAUCCUGCUUGCAGCCAACGCGCACUGGUCACCGUUCGCCCG